CCGAACCUUACCCCUCCCCAGAGCUCUGCAAAUCCAGAGCCGGAGAGCUCCUUCGAUUCCAGGUGAGAGGGGAGGGGAGGGGACAGAACAAGUCCCCACCUCUCAAUGACAAGCAAAGGGAAAAGAAACCAGCCAAAGUUAACGUUUAUUUUUUACAGCGAGGACAGAAAAGCAGAGGGAGAGGCAGAUCUCGAUCACUCUCCCGGCUGCUUUCAUCCUGUAACUGACCUGAAACUGACCAAGAAGUAGGAUAGCCUUCCCACCUGGAAGAGAACAUCUGUAAAAGUGGAUUUGAAUUCGGACUGCACAAAAUUUAUUUCAUUUCUUGUGCACAAGUCAAUGUAUUGCGCCCAAACUUUCUGCGGUACUUUGUCAUGAUAGCAGAGUCGAAGUAGGAGCCUCGCAAGUUCUCCUUGAUCCUUUGAAAAAUUUGCUCGCUGUCGAUCUUUACCACUCCCUCCUCACUUCUGACAACGGGAUGCAAUUUGGGGCAGAAACCUUCCUUCGGCUGACCCUCUGUUUAUUGCCAAAUCUUUUCUGCUGCGAUUUGCGAGAGUGCCCGAGAGAGACAGAACACUUCGACUUCAGUGUCCGCUACAACAUGACCAGCUUCGACGCAGGGCAACCCAUCCAGAACAUCGUGGUGAACGAUUCUCACUCAAAAAGCAUCUACCUCGCUGUGCGGAACUGGCUGUACGCGUUAAAUGUGUCUCUCGAAAAGACAUCUGAGGUGCGGACGGGUCCAGUUGGUAGCCCGGAAUGUGAAAUGUGCAAUAUUUGUGAGACACACUGGGAGCCAGCAGGGGGGCUGGAAGAUAAUAACAACGAGGUCCUUGUGUUCGAUACGUUUGAUCCAUACUUGUACAACUGCGGAAGCUCUCAACACGGCAUCUGCUACCUGCACAACAUCGAGCAUGGUAAUUUAAGUGACGUUAGGUGUCUAUUCAAAGAGAAAAACAACAGGCCUGACCAUUGCCCUGACUGUGUGGCCAGCCCAUUGGGAACCCAAGUGCAUGUCCGCACUGAGUCGUUUGUUACUUAUUUCUUCAUUGGUGCCACUCUCAAUAGUUCAGUGGCAAAAGCAUACAGUCCCAAGUCAAUAUCAAUGAAACUGUUGCUGGGAUCCAUGGAUGGCUUUGAAUUCCCUUCCAAAAACAAAUCUUCACUGACUGUGCUGGACGAGUUUUUGGACACCUAUCCCAUAGAUUACGUUUACUCCUUCAGCUCGGAAGAUUAUGUCUAUUUCCUAACCGUCCAAAAGGACAGCACUAGUUUGAAAAGCUCGUACCAGACUAGGGUUGCCCGCUUGAAGCACGGCGAGUACGAGGUGGGAAAUUACCGGGAGCUGGUCCUGGAAUGCCAGUACGAGCCCAGGCGGAGACGAAGAACGGCCGCCGGGGAGGAAACCUGGUACAAUAUUUUGCAAGCCGCUUACCUGGCCAAACCAGGAGCACAUCUUGCCGAGGAGCUGGCUGUUUCUGAGACCGACGACGUGCUGUUUGGGGUCUUUGCAGAGAGUGAUCCCCAGAGCAAAGACGUACGGAGCAGGUCAGCCCUGUGCACGUACCCAGUCAAAAUGAUCGAUAAGUUCAUCAAAGAGGGCAUGGAAGACUGUUGUGUGCGAUCAGAGGAAACUCCGAAGAGGGGGCUGGAGUUCUACCAGCAGAUGGAAUACUGCCCUCAAAGCGGCGGGAGAGAGUGUUGGGACAAACCAACCAAGACCUCACAAGCCCUCAACCGAAUCGAUCGAUUUGACGGAGAGCUGGAUGACACAAAACUGACAUCUAUCAUUGUAACGGUAAUAGGUGACUACACUGUGGGUCACCUUGGAACAGCUGAUGGACGACUCUUACAGGUGAUCAUUCAACGAUCCUUUAAACCACAUGCAAAUUUCAGCUUGAGUGAGUCGGAUCCAGUUUCUCGAAAAGUUGCCCACUUGAAUGACUCCUUGCUGUUUGUUACUGGCUCAAAGGUGACUAAAGUACCAGUUGAUGGGCCAGGCUGUCAUCACUUCCUCACCUGCAAAUCAUGUCAGGUUGCACCAUCCUUUAUGAAAUGUGGUUGGUGUGAAGGGUCCUGCACUCGGCAGCGGGAAUGCCAUAAAAAGUGGUUGCCAGAUACUUGUACACCUGUUAUUGUUGAGUUUCAACCCAAAAGUGCUCCUGUCAAUGGAGAGACCAUGCUAACUCUAUGUGGCCGCGAUUUCCAAUCUCCACAUGGGCCCCCAAUAACACCAGCCUCCCACAUGGUUCAAGUGGGAAACCGGUCUUGCAAAGUCAUCCCUGAAAGGAGCAAUGCCAGGAAGUUGUCAUGUCAGCUGGAAAUCACUGGAAAACCUCAGCCUGCCAAUUUGACUACCAUCAAGAUCACUAUUCGAGAGGCAAGUCAUAACGGCGAGUUCGUCAUCAGUGGGUCCACAUCCCUCGCUGGAUUUGAAUUCGUGGAACCUAUCAUAACUCAUGUGACUCCAAUGUAUGGCCCUCAAGAUGGUGGGACUUUGGUCACAUUUUGGGGGAGACAUCUGACAGCUGGCAAUAACCAAAAAGUGACAAUUGGUGGGAAAGACUGCCUCAUAAAGAGCAAGAAUAGUACUUGUAUAGAAUGCAUAACUCCAAAAAUGGAUUUGUUGAAGGAAGAGCCUCCUGUUGUGAUGAUAGACUCUGCAAAGGUAACAGCUGAAGGCAACUUCAAGUUCCAGUACCGAAAGAACCCUGUCCUUAACAGCAUCUCCCCAAGCUGCAGCACCCAGAGUGGCCUCAACAUCACCAUCAGUGGUACCAAUCUGAACUCUGUCUAUCAACCGAAACUAGUAUUUACCGAUGACAAAAAUGACACGUUUGUAAAGUUAUGCAAUCCGCCACCACUGUCUUCUGAGACUAUGACCUGUGAAACCCCUUCAAUUGAGGAUGAGGAAGUGGAAGGGAAGCUCACUGUGAUUAUGGAUGGUGUGCAGAACCUAAAGUCAUUUGAACUGGAGUACAAGGAAGACUAUGAGGUUUUUCCAUUUGAUGAUGAGGGGCAUAUAUACAAGCUAACCAAGGAUGAAGAUGAAAUUGAGUUCAAACAUGCAAAGUUGUUUGAUCUGAAGAACUGCCUGAAUGUGACCCUUUUGGUAGGGGACACGAUUUGUGAUCCAAAGAUCCUGGUGCAAGAGAUCACCUGCACUGUUGAAACUGAAUUGAUCCCCCCCGAAGGGCUUCUAGUCAAGCUCUGGGUGAAUAAUGUGGAGAAGUUCAUUGGGCACGUCAUCUACGUCGAAGAAAGCCUUGGAACAAUUGUGGGAAUUAUCAUUGGCAUUAUUGUGAUCUUUUUGGUGGUAAUGAUUUUGGUGGCCAUCCUAUUGAUAUACAGGAAGAAAAAUAAAGAGCAUGCGGACCUACUGAACCGUUUGGAGGCAUCGGUGAAUAUGAUAUCUCUCAAUGCAGUCCCACCUGCUCCCAGUGACUACAGAGAUUCUCGUCUCAGUCCCAACACAACGUCUGGGUCAAGUGGAAUCAUAUUUCGAGGCUAUAAAGGCAGCACUGACUGUGCAGCAAUCCCGUUGCUAAGUCCUAAAGAAAUUCAACCACAGAACCUGAGGUCAGAGCUACUGGAAGAAGUAAAAGAUAUUCUGAUCCCUAGCGAAUGUUUAACUGCUUACAUGGACCAGGUGAUUGGAAAAGGACAUUUUGGUAGUGUUUACCAUGGUCUGUACAAAGACCACAACAAGAAAGAAAUUCACUGUGCUGUGAAGUCUCUGAAUAGAAUUUCAGAUGUCGAAGAGGUGGAGCAGUUUUUGAAAGAAGGGAUCAUCAUGAAGGAUUUCCACCAUGAAAAUGUUCUAUCUUUGCUGGGAAUUUUCCUUCCUAAGGAAGGGUUACCAUUGGUAGUAUUGCCAUAUAUGAAGCAUGGAGACCUACGGCAUUUUAUCCGUCAGGAAAGCCGGAAUCCAACAGUGAAAGAUUUAAUAGGCUUUGGGCUACAGGUUGCCAAGGGAAUGGAAUACCUCGCACUAAUGAAAUUUGUUCAUAGAGAUCUUGCAGCAAGAAACUGCAUGCUGGAUGAGACCUACGUGGUGAAGGUGGCAGAUUUUGGAAUGGCACGGGAUGUGUUGGACAAAGAGUAUUAUAGCAUUCAAGACCAUCGGAAAGCCAAGCUCCCUGUGAAAUGGAUGGCACUUGAGAGUCUGCAGACCCAAAAGUUCACAACUAAAUCGGAUGUGUGGUCAUUUGGAGUAUUGCUGUGGGAGCUGCUAACUCGAGGGGCACCACCCUAUCCAGAAAUCGACCCUUAUGAUAUCACAAGAUUUUUGUUAAAGGGAAGAAGAUUGCCUCAACCAGAAUAUUGUCCAGAUGAGCUGUACAAUAUUAUGCUGCGUUGCUGGGAUCCAAAGCCUGAGCUGCGACCGCAGUUUACUGAAAUUGUCUACGAAAUUCAAGAGAUUCAAUCCAUGUUACAAGGAGAACACUAUAUCAACUUGCAAGUAAAUUAUGUGAAUUUGGGGAAUGACCAGCCUUACCCUGCGGUCGACACUACUGACGAUGAGCUAGACCUAGAUUCAGACUGAUUAUGUUUUGCUGCACUCGCCAAUACAUCUGUUCAGACUUUGACUUGAAUUUCGGGAGAAUGCUAUCUUUAAGCACAACGGAAGUCAUUCCUGCAGUUCAGCUACUGUUUUCUCCCCCUGCGUUUUCCUCUCCAGUAACCUGUCUCUGCUAAUUCCUGUGGUCAGUGCAAUCUGUAGGAAAGUUUAUGGAUCACUAAGUGGUCAGUUGCAGUCUUUGCAAACGACAGUUCUGUGCAAUUCCAGGCAAUGAUGAUUUUCUUAAAGGCCGGGUAAAGGCUUUUAUCAACAACUUUUAUUUACGGUGGCGUCAAAAUGUCCGGAGGCAGUUCACAGGAGCAUGGUCAAUAAAAUUUGACACUGAACCACAUAGGGAGACAUGAAGGGAGAUGGUCGAACGCUUGGUUGGGGUAGGCUACGGGGAAAGAGGGAAAGAGAUGGAAUGAGGCAGAGAGAGUUAGGAAGGGAAUUCUGUAGCUGGGAGUGAAGCAAUUAAAAUUGGGAAUGCGCUUGUGACCGGAACCAGAAGAGUGCAAACAUGUCGGAUGCUGGCAGAAUUUUCAGGGAUAGAAAGGAGGGAGUCCAUGGAGGGGUUUGAAAGCAAAGAUGGGACUUUUAAAAAACAAGUCAGUGCUUAACUGGAUAUCUGUGUAAGUUAGUGAGUGCGUAACAUUAUCCUCAGUAAUGUAAUCUUACCGAGAUCACACAGUACAGACGUGGCCCUUCAGCCCAGCGAGCCUGCACUGACGAUUACAUUUCGUGACAGGCUACUGCGGUUUCCUGCCCUUGGAUUCACAAACAAUGAAGGGCCUUUGCAGAAAGGAGGAAUUGUGAAAUGAUGCUCUCAGGUCGAGGUGGAUGUUUUUCAACCCUACGUAAUGAAAAGGAAUAAGCUUUAUUUGAACCAAUUGCAUACAUCCAAAGUGCAAUGAGAGAGAGAAAAAAAAAGUUCUGUUGAAAGACAUGGCUUCCAUUCAUUUCUUGUUUAAAUUUUGCUUAUUAUUCUGUGCAAGCAUUGAGGAAUGAAACAUUCAACAGAUCUUGUUGUCUUGACAAAACAUUUUGUAGACAAUUAAAAAGUCUUGAGGUUAAAAGUAUGAUUGUGCCAGCAACAAGCUGUUUUGUUUCUGCAAUGGUACUGUAUAAGCUAUUCUUAAAUUGGAAAUGAUUAGAAUCCCUACAGUGUGGAGGCAGACCAUUCAGCCCAUCGAGUCCACACUGAAGAUCAUCCCAUCCAGACCUACCCUUUUACCCUA